AACUUAGACUAAACAUUCAUUAACACAUUGUUUGUAUCGUCCUUUUAACAACAACAUUCUCACUCUCCGGAGCUCCCAAAGCACUAAACAACAACACUACAAAUUUCCAUUUAAACAACCUCCUCUCUUCAUUUUCUCUGGCUUCUUCCAUUCUCUCUUCUCCCCAUCUCUUCCGACCAAUAAUGGCUUCUCUUACCGGAUCCAAUUGCGUCGCUCUCCGAGCCGCCACUUUCGCCGCCGCCACUAACCGUAAAAUCAAUCAGAUCCGCCAAUGGUCUCCGUCCAUGAAUCAUCUCCGUCAAGUUUCUCCUCUUCACUGCAGAUCCAAUUCUUCGUUUUCCUCCACCGUUGUGAGAGCACAGGUUGCUACUGCGGAGGAAGCUGUGACUGGAGCAGUUCAGAAAGUGGAAGCGCCGGUUGUGAUUGUAACCGGAGCCUCCAGAGGUAUUGGCAGAGCAAUUGCGCUAGCGUUAGGUAAAGCUGGUUGCAAGGUAUUGGUCAAUUACGCAAGAUCGUCUAAGGAAGCUGAAGAGGUUUCCAAAGAGAUUGAGGCACUGGGUGGACAGGCUCUAACAUUUGGUGGAGAUGUUUCUAAUGAAGCUGAUGUGAACUCUAUGAUUAAAACUGCAGUAGAUGCUUGGGGAACUGUUGAUGUAUUGAUAAACAAUGCCGGAAUAACUAGAGAUGGUUUACUAAUGAGAAUGAAGAAAUCUCAGUGGCAGGAGGUUAUUGAUCUAAAUCUCACCGGUGUUUUUCUUUCCACACAGGCAGCUGCUAAGAUUAUGAUGAAGAAUAAGAAGGGAAGGAUAAUCAAUAUUGCAUCAGUUGUUGGUUUGAUUGGCAAUGCUGGACAAGCCAAUUAUGCUGCUGCAAAGGCAGGAGUAAUUGGUCUGACAAAAUCUGUUGCAAAAGAAUAUUCUAGCAGAGGCAUCACUGUUAAUGCUGUUGCUCCAGGAUUUAUUGCAUCUGACAUGACUGCCAAGUUAGGAAAAGACUUGGAAAAAAAGAUUUUGGAGGCAAUUCCAUUAGGACGUUAUGGCCAACCAGAAGAAGUUGCUGGACUAGUGGAAUUCUUGGCCCUUAAUCAAGCUUCCAGCUACAUCACUGGGCAGGUUUUCACCAUUGAUGGAGGCAUGGUGAUGUAAAUCAGCAGUCUGUUUCAUUAGUAAUCUUAAUCUGAACUCCUGCACCUAAAUCACAGUUCAUCCAAAUGGUUUUCAACUGCUUCUAUAGAUGAUAGGUCGGUCUUUGAUGGGUUUUGCUUGAGCUCUACUUGUGAUUUACAGUAGAAUCUUAGUUGAGCUUAUUCAUGGAAUCAAGAGUGUUUUAGCAGAGUCAUGUUAGCAGAAUAGGAGUUAUUGUUAUAUUUAAGCAAUUCGGCCACUUUGAGGAUUAGCUUCUUCUAGAUGUUCUUUCCUGGGAACUAGCGUAUUUAUACAUUGUUCUUAUUUUCUGAUUAUACACAAUAAUAAAUCUUUAGAUGCUAAAUUUUGCAGCAA